UAAAAUAAAAAAGAUAAAACAAUGAAAAGACAAGUUAUAGACUGGGAGAAAAUAUUUGCAAAGCAUAUAUCUGAUAAAAGACUUGUAUUCAGAGUAUAUGUUACUCUAAACAUCCAAUAAGAAAACAAAUCCAAUCAACGUAAAAUGGACAAAAGAUUUAAAGAGGUGCUUCCCCAAAGAAGAUAUACAGAUGACCUAAAGGCAUAUGAAAAGAAAUUCAACAUGAAUGGUCAUUAGGUAAAUGCACAUUAAGGCCACAAUUUAACACUACUGCAUACCAACUAGAAUGACUUACAUUAAUAAAGAAUGUCGACAACAAAUGUUGAGUUUAUCGAUAAACUGGAACUCUCUUACAUUAUCAGUGGGAAUGUAAAUGAUAGAAAAUAUGCUUUUUAAAAAAUGAUAUUUACGUAACUACUUAAGAUCUACAGUUUCUUUAAGGGAAACACGUGAGUUUUCACUUCCGCUUCCGCUUCCGGUAGACGCUUCUUGUGGUGCAUUCUGUGCUAAGCAGUCGCCAUGGAGCUGUUUGGAAAUUGCGUUGGCCCUGACGGGAAACAAAAACAGUUGCGGGAAGUUCAGGACCCGAUGUCGGAGGCUCCGGAAGAAAUGUUGGAGGAGGUGUUGGACGAGGCAUUGGACGAAGCAUUGGAUGAGGCGUUGGACUACAUGGUAGACGAGAUGGUGGAUGAGUCUUUGGACGAAGAUGAAGGUGAAGAAGAUUUUGAAGAUUAUGAAGAUUUUGAAGAUGAUGAUGAUGAUGAUGACAUCUUCGAUAGUAGCACUGACUCAGAUGAACCACCUGCGAAAAUCCCAAAACUAUCACCUUAGCUAUAUCGUUUACGCAAUGUAAAAGCCCUCUACUAUACUCUGAUUGUUAUACACUGAUAUCUGAGGAAGAGGGAAAGCAUUUAUUUUGUUCCCCUGAAAAAAGUUUGUCAGAGAGAAAAUUAGUUUCUGUUUCUAGCAAAGAAAGAUACAAUAAACGUUUAAGAAUGCA